CAUAUCCAUACAACGAGCACCAAGUCCUAAGCCUUCGCUUCUUACAUCAUCAGAUCUUCCUAAAAUUCUCAUUUUCUUGCCCGAUACAACCAACAAUGGCCAUCGUACAAAAGCUGAGACGGUCUCUAUCAAGCGAAAGAAGAUCAGCUGAGGUUCCAAAGGGGCACUUAGCCGUUUAUGUUGGGGAGAGCAGUGAAAAGAAGAGAUUUGUUGUUCCGGUGUCUUAUUUGAAGAAUCCUAUGUUUCAAGAAUUGUUGUCUCAAGCCGAGGAGGAAUUUGGGUUCCAUCAUCCGAUGGGAGGCCUCACCAUUCCGUGCAGCGAGGAUUUAUUUGUCGAACUCACAUCCCUCUUGAGCAAGUCAUAGAAUACAAACAUGUCUAGAUAAAUAGAUAGAUAGACUUUUGUAUUGAUUUCGGAGGCAUUUAUCCUUUCAAUUACCAAGGAUUUUUUUGCCCGGACAAAUGUAUGUUCUUACCUGAAAUUAUACUCUACAAACAGAUUGCAAGAAAAUUUUGUUGAUCACUUUCA